ACAAGCACCCCAAUGAAUGCACACCGGGCAAAAAGGGGUGGCCAGGAAGAAGUUGCGACAAAAAAUGCGGAAGUUAUCUACGCAAUCGAAGUUCGCGUGCGUUUUAGUCGCGUGGUGAAAAUGGUGGCUGGCUCAGAUCAACAGCAGGGCCAUAGAGCCGGCGCAUAUAAACAGAAAAACAAAGGACAUAAACAUGGCAAACAUCGGACGAAGGGAGAAAUUGAACGGGAGAGCAAGGGUAGAGUGUCUGUAACUGCACUCACCAAGAAACAGAGGAAGGAGGCUAGAAAAAUGGAUAAACGACACAAAGCCAACCAGCUCCGACGAAAUAAGAAGGAUCUGGUGCUGACAGAGAAACGUCGCCUGGGCAGCAGGGAUGGCCCCCCCCACACGGUGGCAGUGGUGGCCCUGCAUGCAGAUGUGGACACUGAGCCUGUGAUGAGGCUGCUGCGGUGUGAUGGGGCUGGCGGCCUGGUGCGUGAGGUCCAGAGUGUGUGUGGUGUUCCUGACAGCUUUGGCCUGGUCAUGCCUCGCUACAAACAAAGAUUCACCUUCUUCCGCGCUGAUACAGCUGACUUGCAUUCUUUACUGGAUGUGGUGAAGGUAGCAGACAGCCUGGUGUUUGUGCUGGAGUCCACAGAAGGCUGGGACAGCUAUGGAGAAUAUUGCCUCUCCUGCCUCUUUGCCCAGGGGCUGCCUGCCUAUGCUCUGGUUUGUCAAGGUAUCUCAGACUUGGCUGUUAAGAAGCGGAUGGAUUCAAGGAGGACUUUGGCCAAGAUCUCUGAGGUCCGUUUCCCCGGGGCACGCCUCUUCCCCCUGGACUCAGACCAGGAUGCAGCACUGCUGGUCAGACACCUGGGAACACAGAGACAGAGAAGGCUGGGCUUCCGCUCCCGACGCUCUCACCUUCUCGCCCAGCGUGUCUCCUACACGCCCAACAGCUCAGAGUGCGGACCCUCUACGGGCCUUGGUACUCUGUGUGUGUCUGGGUAUGUCCGAGGUCGCCCUCUGCAGGUGGAUAGACUGGUGUACAUCGCUGGGUUUGGAGACUUCCAGCUUAGUCAGAUCGAUGCGCCCAUGGAUCCUCUGCCCCUCAAUAUCACAAGCCCUCGCUCUGCCAAGCCGGGAAAGGGAGGAGAUGUAGACAUGCAGGAUGCCGGUGUUGAUGAUGAGGUGUCAGUGCGGGUGCUGAUGAAGGCAGACCCAGCUCGUGUGGAGAGUCUACAGGCUGAGGCAGUGAUUGACCCUAUGGAUGGAGAACAAACCUGGCCCACUGAGACUGAACUGCUGGAGGCUGAAGAAGCCAGAAAAAUAAAGCGUGUUAUGAAGGUCCCCAAGGGUAUGUCAGACUACCAAGCCACAUGGAUUGUGGAUGAGGACAAUGAGAAUGUCAAGGAGGAGGAAGAGAGCACUGAUGAUGAUGAUGAUGACGAUGAAGAUGCGAUGAUGGAGGAGUCCAUAGAUGGCGAGGACCUUGAUUCUCAAUUGGAUACUGCCUCAGGUUUUGGCUCAGAGGAAGAGGAUGAGGAGGAGGAAGAGCUGCUUACCACAUCAGACAAGGGUGGAGCUGACCAGCGCUAUGAUGAGCACAUAGAUGAGGUGGAGGAAGGGGAGGGGUUAAAACGCUACCGGGAGGCUCGAUCUAAUGAGAUGUUUCCAGAUGAGGUGGACACACCUCUAGACAAAUCAGCUAAGACCAGGUUCCAGCGCUACAGGGGGCUGAAGAGUUUCCGCUCGUCCCCUUGGGAUCCCAUGGAGAACCUGCCUGUGGACUACUCACGUAUCUUCCAGUUCCAGAGCUUUGAGAGAACCCGACGCCGCGUACUCGCUGAGGCUGCCCAGGAGGAUCAGGGGGCCCUGGUGGGCUGGUAUGUGACUCUCCAUGUCGUGGAUGUUCCCCCUGCUGUGAUGGAGUCUGUACAGGCAGGCAGGCCUUUGGUGCUGGUGUCCUUACUGCCACAUGAACAGAAGAUGUCAGUGAUGCACAUGCUGGUGAGGAGACACCCCAGUAACACAGAGCCUGUCAAGUCUAAAGAGGAGCUGAUAUUCCACUGUGGCUUCAGGAGAUUCAGGGCCUGCCCCAUAUUCUCCCAGCACACAUCAGCCGACAAGCACAAGUUGGAGCGUUUCCUUCAGCAUGACGCCCCCACUGUGGUUUCUGUAUAUGCUCCCAUCACAUUCCCCACUGCUGGGGUAAUGGUCUUCAAACAGAGGGAGAAUGGCAUGCAGGACCUUGUAGGGACAGGCACUCUGCUGAGCUGUGACCCCCAGCGGGUGGUACUGAAAAGAAUCGUGUUGAGUGGGCACCCCUUCAAGAUCAACCGCCGUUCCGCUGUCGUCCGAUACAUGUUCUUUAACAGGGAUGACAUCUUGUGGUUCAAGCCUGUUGAACUGAGAACCAAGUGGGGCCGGAGAGGACACAUCAAGGAGGCUCUAGGUACUCAUGGACACAUGAAGUGUGUGUUUGACAGCCAGUUGAAGUCUCAGGAUACUGUCAUGAUGAACCUCUAUAAGAGAGUCUACCCUCGCUGGACAUAUGACCCCCAUGUGCCUCGACCUCUGCCCUGGGUCAAGGGGGAAGGGACUCAAGUGCCGGAUGAUUUUGACAUGGAUUAACAGUGCUCUGUGCUUCAGGGGAUGGUGUGCAGAGAUGCAUUUGCUUGGACUGUGACAAUGACAUGUUCACAUCAAGAGCUGCAUUGUCAUUUGUAUUAAAUAAAAACAAUUAGACUAUCA